GGAGUCGAGAGGUGCGAUGACGGGACGCUGGUGGAUUCUAGCCAGCAUAAUGCGACUAGGAUGAUAUAUGUAUUUGUGGAUUUGUUGCACUUCAUGCUGGACUUGGUUGAUAGCGCUGUAAUAAAGAUAGAAUGUUGUCGACGUUAGUUCAGGAAUUUAGGCGCAAUUCUUCCACAUUCCUGUGACUGUUGUGACAACUGAUCUUCCCAACCCUAGCUAACUGUUUGGCGUCAGCGAAAAUUGUUGCUUAGCGUUCUUCCGUACUGGAAACACUACAAGCCAGUUGAGCGUUGCACGUCCACAAUGGCAGAUCUCUUGCGAACAGCGCCAUAAGACGUCCGCUGCACGGCUGCAGAUCCAAUUGGAAUUGCAGACGAACGCAUAUGGAAGCUCCACUUCGAGUAGAAGAGAGUGUCAGAUUAUCCGAAAGCCCAAGGCGGUCACCUCAGAUCACGCAGGCCGUGCGUAGUCCUGCAAUAAGCGUGCACCCGGAAAUGCAAGGCAUUGAUUCGAGCCACAACCGAACAGACCCGGGACUGAGGACCACGGACUUCUUCGAUGACACAUCCGACGAAGAGACCACGAGUAACGCCAGAUCAGCCGGAGGUGGACCCAAUGUGCGAAGUGCCGAAGCCAUCGAGCCAAGAAGCUCUGCAAUGAAGAAGCGCCAACGGAUCUCGACCGGCUCAGACCUUGUUUCACAAUGCGAGCCCAAGCAUGUCAGCCUGCCGCCUGAAGGAAGAUAUCAUCCGCUGGCAGCCAGUCAUGGCCACGAAGAGCAGGCCGAAUUGCCGGAUACUCCAAGUACAUCCUUCAACGGCUCGGUGGAUGAACUCUUACCCAUCCCAAGUAACGACCAGAUCAGCCCACCGCAGUUUCCUCGCCAAGCUCGCGUUGCGAGUGGACGCACGCCACGAAGUUCAGCGCUAAUCGAGCAGUGCCAGGGAGACCCAUUGGCGCCGUCACCCAGCAAGGUCGAACAGAUCUUGGGCGCUCAUGCGAUUGCGCACGAGAUCACCCUGAAUGCGCUGAUGCGCGAGGAGAAGCUCAACGCGAGUGUGGAAGGCUUCGCGCCACUGAAGUUGACGAACCGUGCUUCGUUGCUGCCUGCGUCCCUGCGCCUUCAUGACCCUCGAAGUCCGCGUACUCAAACGUUUGCCACUCCACAGUCAGCCGCCAGUAGCAGUAAGAGAGUCCAGGUUGUGCCGCCUCCCAUCGACACUUCAGGACCUCGAGGGUCACUGCCACAGGAGCUUGUGCGGACGCCGUAUCCGUAUUCCCCGGAGAGCGUGCACCGCAAGAAUAUUGGUCAAAUGAGUCCGCCGUCUGCCGUUGUUAGCACGUUUGGCGCAAGCGAAAGUAUACUCACACUCAGUAUCCGGCGGAGAAACCAAAACAGUCUCCCCCGAGUCGCAACACUUGUCAUAUCAGGCUCAAACGACUUUAGCACCCUUUCAUCGAGAAGUACAUGGCAGAAAGAUAAGCAUUUCCGAACAAUUGAGUACGACGAUGCAGAGUUCUUCCGACAGCUACAGAGCGCUUACCGACAGCUUAGCGGGCCCCUGCGAGUAUUCAGCGCCAGGAGUUUGACGCGAAUCGCAGUCAGCGGACCCGCGUCAAGAGCCGCAGAUGCCGGAUACGGGUGGCUACAUCAGCCUCGCUCUCCACGGACGCUUGCUUACCGAGGGUUGAGCGACACAUUCAGCGAAGAGAAGAUACUGCAGCACUACCGCAAACCGGCGCUGGGAAGGGCACGGUACGCCUUCGUGCACUGGGCUCAUCGCAUCGCUGCUGCGCCGCCAAUGCCUGUACCAGGCGGGAGUGCGAAAAUCGCACUGGAGACGGAAAGGGAUCUGGUGCACCGUGCUUGGCAGCCAGAAGGCUUGGAGUUCGUGGUCAGCUGGUCAAUAGCACGUGUCUUCGCUGCUCUACUGCUCGUCCUCAUGGCUAGUAUAACGGCAGCGGUACUAUGGGUGUUCCUAGGGCGGGUGACUACUCCUGGAGCUACACCGCAUGGUGGCUUCAGGGAUGCCGGCGACCGGGUGGUAUCUGGCGUGCUGUUAGGGAUCUGCCUGCUGCUUCUUGGACUCAGCGGUAUCGCUGGCUGGUUAGGAGUUAGUUGGCUUGUCUCGUGAAUAUCUGGAAGACCCGGCGGGUUCAUGUAGUUGCGUCGCGUCCGCACAACGCUUCCAAGAGCCAGCAAUCCUAUCAUGUCAUGCCACAGUGACGCUAUCACCUUAGCGCCUCGACGUCGAUGUUAAGUCGAGCCCUUCCGGUAUAUCCCUAAAAUCGGAGGGGACCACUUCGGAGAGUCAGUGUCAGCAGAAUUUGCCGUGUGGCUUCCUUACUUCCAUGGAGCGGGUCUGUGCCCACGUGGUUGCGACAAGUGGCGCUCCCUAUAGCAUCCUGUCGGUAUCAGAAAUUGAUACAUCCCAUGCUCACCUCACGCGGAAGAGCAUCCUCAGAAGGCAUGAUAUCCUAUGGUCACUCUGUGCAGUCGGGAAGGAAUGACAACCUGCAAAUUUCAUGGCCCACUUUAGUUAUCGCACUGCUUCCGAGCCA